GCCGUGAUUUCCACUUCCCAUUUCCAGUGUAGAGUUUGCAUUUAGGGCCUUUUUUUUGCAGGAACAUCGUGCACUGAACUGUGGAGAGAUGUCAUCCUACUCGUACUCUCCAUACUACUCGCCUUAUGCACCAACCUCUGGGCGUUACUCACCCUACAACGCCUACCAACCCUAUCCACCGCCUGCGCGCCCAGGUUCAUCGGCAUCGUCCGGAUCCGGUGUCGAAAUGAUACCCACACAACCGUCGGGGACGCCAACGUCACCAUAUCUGCAUUCGUGUGCAACACCGCCGUUACCCGUUGGUGCACGGUCUGCGUCUGUAUCGCCACCUCCAAAUAUGUACGGUAGUAAUCUACAUCAUGGACAGCAUCACGGCCGGUCAGUUAGUUUACCGCGAGGUGUUCGAUCUAGAUUGGGUUCGCGGGAUCAGGAUGAGUGGGUGGAUCACCGAUCACAUAGAGAGGAGAUGUUGGAUGGGCGGUAUGAGGAUAGGGAUGCAAAGGAUGUUGGGCUGGGUGUGGUACCACCUCUAGAUGAAAUGUCUUCGACUUUACCCUUGGCGUCCGAUGAGCAUGUUCACAAAACAAAGGAUCUACUGGAGAAAAACGGCUUGUACACUGACUUGAACCAAACAGAGAGCGAGGCGGAUUUUGAAUCGAAUCCGAAUCAUCACAACCAACCCGGAGUAUCCGACUAUCCCAACCCCGGUCGAGACGCAAAGCAAAGCACCGUGUUUCACCAUUUCACGCGGGACGACAGCUAUACCCCAUCCCGUAGUCCCACUCCCACUCCCAAACACUUUUACCGCCCGCCACCCCAAGCACCCGCGUCUCACAUUCACCUCUUUCUCUUCUCCACCCUCACAUUUAUUCUCUUGCACCAUUUACCAUUCUUUUCUUCGUGGACUCGCACUCUCCGCUUACGACUAGGCUUUUACCCUGCGCUCAUCAUAACCCUAGCAACCUCGGUAGCAGGUGGCACAAUAUUCCGGUCAAAACGCACAGCUAUAGCAAACUUUUUGGUCAAGUGCCGUGCACACCCCGCCUCCCGCGAAUUUGGGGCAUUACUGGCAGCAAUCACAUUAGCGUACAUUUGCGCCAUCAUGGCUCCACUUGCGUUCCGAAUGUUGCAUUCUCUUGCAACUCGCAUCCCGAUUUUGGGACCUUUGGGCGUGUACAUUGCGUUGAUGUGGUGGUGUGUCAUGUUUUCGCUUGUUGGUAUAUGGGCUAUGGCAUUUUUCGCGUGGGAUGUCACAAAAGUCGUGCAUGGGGCGGUUGUCAAUAUUUUCCGAUAUGUUGUGGCGGCUGAUCAGGAUAUUUCGUCUGCAUCUUCGUGUGCAUCUUCGUCGGUGGGGGUGUCGACUUUUAGAGUGGUCAAUGUGAGUGAAUCGGAAGAUGAGGAUAUAAAGGUUUCGGCAAGUGUGUCGGCUUAUGUGGCCGCCAGUGAGAGGUUAUCGACAUGUGCAAUUGAGAAGGGGAAGAUGGCUGUAGGGAGGUUUGGAAGGGUGGCGGAAGCAGCUGAACCCGCAUCAGGCAUGUCAACGCCGAGAUUGAGUAGGAAUUCCUCUUUUACGGAUAGGCGGAUGGCGAUUUAUUGAUCAUGGUGUUAGUGUAUUUGUUAAUGUAUUUUUUGGUAUUGGCGGUUUGGUAAACAAUAUAUCUGUCGUUGAUAUUGGCGACCUAUUGACAUUCACACCGCCCAACUGUUAUCCAUGCAAACAACCCACAGUCAUGUAUAAAAAUAUACAGAUUCCU